AGCACUGUUGGAACUCGGCAGGUUCGGCGGGCUACCCAUGCCUCGGGCCCAGAUAAGUAGGACUCGUAACAUGCUGCAACAUGUUGCAUGACUCGACCUCGAGGUUCUUGAGCGUCCUGCUCUGCAACGUGCCUACUUAAAAGUUUUCCUAGCAGUGAUCUCCCCAGCACUACCCCCCUUACCUUCACGACUUGGCACGAUCACCGCGACGCCUGCGAUGCCCGGGGAUGACAACGAUAUGCAUAUGUGCUCACACGAGCACGAACACGAACAUGGGGUUGACGUCGAUGACAUGCUGACAGCGACACCAGCUAGUCCAUCCUUCUUGACCUCGCACCACCAUCAUCUCCCUUUAGCGCCCGCGCUAUCGGCACCCAUCUGCCCUUUCUCUCGCCCGUCCCAUCCUCACUCAGUGUCAAGACUCGCCCAACUCGACCCCCACACUCCUUUCUUCCCUAUAUCGACCAACUCGAUAACGAAUCGGGACCGCGGACGACCUCAAAAAACCGAUCGCGGGUUGCAGACCCGAUCCCCUUCCUGUCCCAUCGAUCCCGCUCCCGCUACGCCAGGCCUGAGCUUGCCCCUCGCUACACGAAAACUGCCGCUGCUGGGGAGGAGGUCUCCGCAAUUACACAGCACCCACAGCCAAGCAGGGCGAGGCGCCCUUUGGCGAGGACUGGAUCAUGUCGGCGGGCCCCCGACUCGCUUAAAAAUCCUUCGACACAAACGAUGCCGUUGGGGGGAGUCGUUCUCGGCGCCGCCCUCGUUGGUUGACACCAGCCCUGGGGUUUUGAGCGUGCUAUACAUUGGGCUGCAAGCGGCAUUGUGAAGGUGGACACGGUGCAGGGGGGGCGGGGGCUCUGGGAGCGCCCUUGGUGAUGUGAUCGAUAAGCGCCUAUCGUAACUACGGGCGUGCUCAACGCGCCCUCGCGGGAGAUUAUGAUGGUUAAGUGGCCCACCUUACGGGUCACUGGGGGAUGACGAAGACCAGGACGAUACCUACGACUGCCCACACCCCGACACGCCUUGGAUGCAGGAGGAGGGCAGGGGCUGGGAGGGUGGUGAGGUCGCAGGGAGGCGGGUUCUCGGGAUCUGGGGCCCAAGCCGCAGCACGGUCUGCUAACGUCUGACGUCCCUUACUAUUGUUGCCCACAUGUACCUACAGUACGGGCCUAAAACACGGAGAAUACAAAAAAAAAAAAAA